AUGGUGCUGCACAAUCCGAACAACUGGCAUUGGGUCAACAAGGACGUUGCACCAUGGGCCAAGCAGUGGUUCCAGGACAACCUCACAAAGCUCGAAGUACAGGAUGGCGAUGUCACGGCAAAGGUUAGCAAGGUUGUCAGCAUGGACGGCGACGUCGACGUCAGCCAGCGCAAGGGCAAGGUCAUUACCAUCUUUGAUGUCAAGUUAGUUCUUGAGUACUCAGGUAACAUUGCCGACGGCGACGAGGUGACUGGAACAAUCACAAUCCCCGAGGUUGCCCACGACACCGAGGAGAACGAGUUUGUGUUCGAAAUCGACAUCUACUCCGACUCCAAAGAGAAGCAGCCAGUCAAGGACGCCGUCAGGUCCAAGCUGGUCCCGAAGCUGCGAUCCGAGUUCGUCAAGCUGGCCCCGGCCCUCAUCGCCGAGCACGGCAAGGACAUCCAGCACGCUCCCGGCUCAAACCCCUCCAGCGGCUUCUCCACACCCAAAGUCCACGCACCCAGCGGGGCGGCAGCAAAGGCCACCACCUCGACCACAGCCCAGACCAACUCCACCGGCAGCGUCGUCAACACGACAACGGUGACGGACCAAGAAGAGUUCCGGACGACCGCCGCAGAGCUCUACCAGACCUUUACCGACCCGCAAAGGCUGGCCGCGUUCACGCGCGAGGCCCCGCGGGUGUUUGAGGGCGCCAAGAAGGGCGGCAAGUUCCAGCUGUUUGGCGGCAACGUUGAGGGCGAGUUCCUGGACCUGCAGGAGCCGACCAAGAUCGUCCAGAGCUGGAGGCUGAGGCAAUGGCCCGCGGGCCACUUCUCCAAGCUCGAGAUCGAGUUUGACCAAAACGACCGAGAGGGCGUGACGACCAUGCGCGUCAACUGGAGCGGGGUGCCGAUCGGACAGGAGGAGGUGACGAAACAAAACUGGCUCGAGUACUACGUGCGGAGCAUCAAGAAGACUUUUGGCUUCGGAACCAUUCUCUGA